ACCAGUUCAAUCACUGGUUGGGAAUGGGAGGGGUAGGUGGCAUGGGGGUAUAUUCUGAACAUGUUUGGUUUGUGUAUGUUAUCAAAAAAAUUCAACUGGUUCUAGGAUCAGUGUUAAAGGGUCCCGGGGUCUGUUAUACUUGUUGGUUAUAUUUGUCUCUGCUGUAUAGCUCUGACUUCCCAAACGAUUAUUUUGGUAAGCAUUUGUGUCUGUGAAAAACCUCCAUCCUUAGCUGCAAAACGACCUUGUUUUGAUGUUUGAGAAUGAACAGAGAAAGGGGAAUUGAGCAGGUAAAAGCACAGAAAAAUGACGUGUCGAGAACUCUUUUACUACCUCUAGCACAAUAAAAAAUGUUUGGCAAGGAGUUUGGAAGGGUCUCCUGCUACUCAAGAGCGACCUUUCACAAUGUCUGUGCUCCUUUAGAAUACUGUGUUAUGAGAGAGUUACAUUGCGAACAUCAUUCAAGCAGGUGUUCACGACCAGAGCAAAGUUAUCUUCCGUAGCAGCCUCUCCCUUGAUAUUUACACAUUUUUAUACAUGUCCCUUCCUGGCAAGGUAAACAUAAAAAAUGUUGUACAAUGAAGGUAACAUUUAAUAAGCGGCAGGUUUGCAGUAUCACUCAGAAAUCUCCCCAAAAGGUCGGUUGCCACUUAAAAGUGAAAUUCAAUGUGAUUGCAAAGGUCAUACAAAUUAUAAGUCAUAUUUUAACUAUAAUAAGCCCAUCUAGUUUUCAAUAAACUUUUUUAGUCCUGAGAUAAUAAGUUCAGGAAAGCACGUUUGCUAGCCACUCAGUUUCACGCCAAAUAUUAUGUUCCUAGCAGGAGAAAGCUGCUGCUACUUUUAACAAACUCUAACCUAUUAAUGGGCGGAAUAGAUCAAUUUCUCUGCCCCAGAAAACGUUGUUUCAAGUGUUUAACAAAAACAUCACAGCUAUGAGCUGCCCGGGCCUCCCUCUAGUGGACUGUCAUUGUAAUACAGCUUCAUUGUUGUGAUGUGAUAGAGAAACGUACACACAACCUGCUGAAGUGCUCAUAAUAUAGAGUGUCAUCUGAAUAAUUAAAUUCGCUGCCAGCUAAUAAUUAAUCUCCCACUAGUAUUUUUUAACCCAAUAUUCAUGGUCGUUUUAUUUGGUGCCUCUGGCACUUGGGAUCUGGGCAUUCUAAUUAAACUAGAUUUCAGAUUAGCAGCCGUGUUAGUCUGUAUCCGCAAAAAGAACAGGAGUACUUGUGGCACCUUAGAGACUAACAAAUUUGCCAUAAUUAAACUAGAGACACUGUUCACAGAUCUGUAACAUCCAAGAUCUAAACCAAAGCCUCCUAAAUUCCGGGGUGAGAGAAGUGGGCUGUAGUCCACGAAAAUUUAUGCUCUAAUAAAUUUGUUAGUCUCUAAGGUGCCACAAGUACUCCUGUUCUUUUUGCGGAUACAGACUAACACGGCUGCUACUCUGAAACCUGUCAUUCCUGAGUGAGGUAGUCAAACUGCCAAGAACUAAAGCUAGAGUAAUGCUGAGAGCUACAGGUUCUGAGGCCAAACUAGCAAGUAACAAAUUAAAUCUACUCUGGAGCAGAUUAUAAACAGGAACAACACCAAAUGCAAAGGCUUGUGCUGGUGCAUGCUAAGAUCAUGGAUUGCUUUUUUUUUAUUUCAUGUUCCUAUACAUUAUACCAUAAUAUACUAACCACCAUAAGGUGCAUGAUGCAUAAAUACCGCUGAGGACCAAUGACGAUAACGGAAUUUCUUUCAUUCACUGACAAUCUGUGAUAUAAAGUAGGUUGCUCUAGUUCACUAGCCCAACCAAUCAGCACUUAAGGGGCGAGGCACAUUUCUGCUGAGAGCCAAUCGUGACUUUACAAGCCUGAACUUUUGCCACCCUGAACAAGUUAAUACAUCCAGGAGGUGUGUCCCAGUCUCACUGACUCCAGUGGAGGAAACUACAUUAACUCUUCAUGUGCUGAACUUCGAGCUAGAACAUUCAUAGUUUAGACAUGCUUUCCUGACCUAGUUUUCCUAGGGUAAUUGUAAAACGGCGCAGCAUUUUAAACCAGAAAACAAAAAGGCCAAUUGGAAAAAAAUAAAAAUAAAAACCCGCCACCCUAGUGGGGAGGUUGUAAAUUAAUGUUAAACAAAAAGUUAUUUCAAGUGAAAUGUUACAUGACUGGGUCAAAGUGAAAUUGACAGUUUAAAGGCUUGGUGAUGAAUUGCAGAACGAUUGCUCCUGCACGGUUACUUCAAUAAUCUUCGUCCUCCAUAGACGACCAAUAAUUAAUAAAACCUAAACAAAAGACCUGAAGGUUGUGUCUGAGUUACUGUUUAGAACAUCAAUAAAAAGCAGCCUCAUAACUCAAGGGUGUCCCUGGGAAGCACUUCUUGGAAAUACAUGUGUAUCCAGCAGGAACAGAAAACAUUUUAACAGAGGUACUUUUUGUUUAAGCUAAAAAGUGGCUUAGCUGUUCUGCAAAGAGGGGGGCUCACUUCCUGGGUCGUCAAAGCAUGAAAAGACACGUAUUUUCUCCCCCCCCCCCCCUGCAGUGAUGGUUAGUUCAGUGGGGAUUCGCUGUUGGUCCAUGCCCAUGCAUUAUCCUCCUGCCUUUGCCAAGCAAGAUCAAAGUCUUCUUCAGCCGCCAGUGAUUAGGGAUGGCAUGUGCAAGGCACUGCUUUUUAUACAAUUAAAAAAUGAGGGGUUGUGGAUGCUAUAAAUAUGACUUCGCAUUUACCAGCUGAAACAAGACCAGAUGCGCCACACACCGCACGUUACUCCUGACACCAGAGUUCAGCUGAAGAGUUUUCCCUCCACCUGCAAGCCCUUUUUUUUGGAUCCCCAAAUUUCGCCUAACAUUUUUGCUCGGGGUCCAUCUUUUAGCAAACGGUCAGUGUGUGUGUGAAGGGGCUGGCGGGCUGUCACGCCGCCGGGGAACGAACAUGCCCCCACAAACCCUUCCCCCGUGCCUGCGCCUUUGCAAGGGACGUGUUUUCCUUUAAGAGUUAAGAAACUUGAAACCUUGUUUGCGCAACAAUCAGUGCACAGAGAGCCGCCAAAGUGUCUAGACUGGCACAUGAUGGGAGGCAGCCAAUGAGUCCAGUUCUCUCCUAGGGGGCCCUGUGUGUGUUUUAGAAGAACAAAAAAGAGAGAGAGAAAGAGAGAGCGAGAGAGAGAGAGAGGGAGAAGGGGAAAGAAAGAAAGACACAGUGCUGUUUAAACAGAUCCCAUCGCAACAGAGCAAGCAGAAGUCACUUUUUGGGGUGGGGGCUGCUCCAGGACCAUAUAUUCCAGGCGCUCCAACGUGCAGGAUAGUGGAUUGGAUUUUUUGUGUGUUUUGUUUUCCUUAAUUAAGGAUUUCCAGCAGCUCUCUCCGGGAUAUUUACAAUUUCCAUUCAUGUGUUGAAACGUGCGUGGCUUUUUUUUUUUUUUUUAAAGGGAAACAACUCCAAGUCUAGGACCUGGUGCAAGUUUACUGAUCCAGAACCGCCGUUUCGGAUUUGCCACCUCUCCCCUUUCACUGUUUUAAUGGCAAAGAAACGCAGUUGAUGGGGCUAGUUUGCAAGGCAGGAUUUGUGUUUGCGAAGCAGCAGCCGCGUUUGCCUGUGACCCCUCUCGCUGCUUUAUCUUGGGCUGUAAAUUGCUAGUCAAUGUAGGGCAUCUCCUGAGCGUUUCCCGGGUCAGCCGCUGCAAAGGAGCGUUGGCAGGCGACCCCCAGUGUGUGUCGAUGUAGCCCCCCGCGGCGCCUUCUCGGCCCUUUCUUCCUCCCCUCCCCGCAGUCUCCCUCAUGUUGCAGCCUUGUUGCAAUCUAUCGGCGAUUAGCUGUGCAAGGCUUUUGCACGGCGCUGCGAGGGGCCGCCGCUCCAUGCGUGGUGGCGAUCGCGGGGCUUGCGCCGGGGAAGGAGCGGGCAUCAAAUAAAAAUCCAACCCCCCCAACCCCCGAAAUUACCAGCUCCGAGCUGUCGUAUGUUCAGGUCCAAACGCUCAGGUCUUGUGCGGCGACUUUGGAGAAGCCGUGUCAUCCCGGACAGGGAAGGGGCAGAUGGGAGCUCCAGGCAAAGCCAUGACCACGGUGGGGGCACCAGCCGCAGCAAAACCCCGGAGAAAAACCCCUCCUCGGAAAUCCGCACGGUAACCCGCAACCUGGCGAGGGACCCAGCGGAGCUGUGCGCCUGGGAGCCGGGCCAGGAGGGCAGGGGGAGCCCCAUGGCGGAGCGGGAUGGGCCCCGGGGCGGCCCCGGGCAGCAGCAGGAGGAGGACGGGGAAGAGGAGAGCCCGUGGUGGGCACAGGAGAGCGAAUGCAAAACAGUGACUUGCUGCCUCUUCAAGGAGCGGGAGCCGGGCAGCCCCAGGCCCGCGGGCGCCUCCUCCCGGGACAGGGAGCUGCGGUCUGGCGACUUCCCGCUGCGAGCCCCCCCGGAGCCCCGCAGCCGGGAGGCCCGGUCCCAGCUCCUGCUGCUGGAGCAGGAGCUCAAGUCCGUCACCUACUCGCUGCUGAAGCGGCUGAAGGAGAGGUCGCUGGACAGCCUGGUGGAGGCGGUGGAGUCCCGCGGGGGGAUGCCCAGCGGCUGCGUCCUGGUCUCCCGCAGCGAGCUACGCCUGGGGGGCCAGGCGGCGCCCCCGCAGCUGCUCCUGGGCAAGUUGUUCCGCUGGCCGGACCUGCAGCACCCGGCGGAGCUGAAACCGCUGUGCGAGUGCCAGAGCUUCGGGCUGGCCGACAGCCCCACGGUCUGCUGCAACCCCUACCACUUCAGCAGGCUCUGUGGGCCAGAGUCUCCCCCGCCUCCUUAUUCUCGGCUGUCUCCUCAUGACGAGCAAAAGCCACUGGAUCUAUCAGAUUCCACGUUGUCUUACACUGAAACAGAGGCUACUAACUCACCAAACACCACCCCGGGAGAAUUCUCAGAUGCCAGUAUGUCGCCUGAUGCCAUUAAGCAGAGCCACUGGUGUAAUGUUGCCUACUGGGAACAUCGGACUCGUGUGGGACGCCUCUACACAGUGUAUGAACAGUCUGUCAGUAUAUUUUAUGACCUACCUCAAGGAAAUGGCUUCUGCCUCGGACAGCUAAACCUGGAAAAUAGGAGUGAGACUGUUAGAAGGACUCGAAGUAAAAUCGGCUAUGGGAUUUUACUUAGCAAAGAACCGGAUGGUGUGUGGGCCUACAAUCGCAGUGAGCAUCCUAUCUUUGUCAACUCCCCAACACUGGACAUUCCCAAUUGUAGGACUUUAAUAGUACGCAAAGUGAUGCCUGGCUAUUCGAUAAAGGUAUUUGAUUACGAGAAGUCUUGCCUCUUACAACACGCCACGGAUCUGGAUUAUGCAGAUGGGCCCUACGACCCAAACAGCGUUCGGAUAAGCUUUGCUAAAGGAUGGGGGCCAUGUUAUUCGAGACAGUUCAUCACGUCAUGUCCUUGUUGGUUGGAGAUAUUACUCAGCAACAAUAGAUAACAAUCAGCCUCUGCCGAAAGAAAGGAGAAAAAAAAAAAAGAGCGAGAGAGAGCGAGAAACACAGACUAUUCCAAAUAUCAUCUACCUAGAUUUAAUAUAAAGUUUUAUAUAUUAUAUGAAAAUAUAUAUUAUACUUGUAAUUAUGGAGUCAUUUUUACAAUGUAAUUAUUUAUGUAUGGUGCAAUGUGUAUAUGGACAAAAAAAGGAAAAUGCACUUUGGCUUAUAUAAUUCUUACAAUACGGAUUUAAAAAAAUUAUACAGCAAAAAUAGGAGAAAGCCCUAAUUUUGAUGUAUGGUUUUUUGAAAUAUUAUUAAUACCAGACAAAAAGCUAAUACCAGUCACUCAUUGAUAAUAAAGUAUUCGCAUUAUA